CGCAGGGUUAUCCAAAACCUUUAGACCAAAAAGGAUCUGACAUCUCUUUUUGGAAUUGGUGGAAAAGAUCGGGGGCAGCUCCAAAACGAUCUGAAGUCCCAGAAACAUAGGCCUAACGACACAACUUGUUCUUUGAAACUGGGGAAACCCCUGAAAUGUUAUUCUAGGUCGGGCUCCAGGCGCUGUGUAUAUCCGGGUGGGAUAUUCUGAGUUAGUGUACAUGUUGCUAGGCAACGAUAGGGUCUACGGCGAAUGUGUUUUCAAGGCACAUCCGCGCAAACAAGGAACCUUUUGAGGUUAAUAAUGAUCUAAAAUUCCUUUACUUAGCAUCUGAACUUAUUCUUUGUUUGUAAUUAAUACACCCUGAAAAUGCCGUUCAGCGUAGAGGCUAUUAAGCCACCCUUGCAUGACCAGAUUACAGAACUACAGCGAAAAAUGCAACUUCUUGAGGGAGAAAAAAGCGCAUACUAUGAAAGCGCUGAAUCCAGCAUAAAGAAAAACAGGGAUUCGAUCCUGAAGCUGAGGCAGGAGAAUAAGAGAUUGCACAAGAAGUUGGCAGAUGCUUUAGCUGGUGAUGAGCAUGUGAUAAAAGAUGCCUUCCAAAGCAGGGGCAUGGAGAAGGCUGCCUUCCGAAACAUGUCUGGGAAGGUCGCUCUGAAGGUGCUUGACCAGAAGGUGUGUGACAAGAUGAAGAAGCUGAAUGCCCUGAAGCACAAGACACAGACCUUCCGCCGUCGUCUGGACGACCUGCAGAUGCAGUACCAGAGCAUGAAGCCAGAGAACAGGAGCCGAGACAGAGACGCAGAGAAAGCCAACGAGGACGCCAUGAUUCAAGGGGAGACCGCUGAGGAGCGUCCCCAAAAGAACUUGCGUGUGCUGGAGAAUCGUCUAGAUAAGGCCCGGCUGAAGUGCCAGGAAGCGGAACACAUCAUGAGGGGCUAUCUGAAACUAAAGGCCCACCUUCAGGAGGAGAGUCUGACCUUCCAGUCCCAGCUGGACAAACUGGAGGCUGAGAUCUUGAGAGAAAGACAUGAGCUGAAGGCCCUGCAGGUCAUGAACAGUGAUGCACACCUCUCUAAAGACGCUGCCAAGGUGGAACUGCAGUACCAGGAAGAACAGGUGUAUAGGGAGCGUAAAGAGAGGGAGCGAAUCCUCACUCACUACAAGAAACAGGCAGAGGAACGCAAGGCCCAGGCUGAGAGAGGGGAGAGAAGGGCCCAGCGUGCAGCCAUGCACCCCGACGAGCUGAGCAGUGAGGCCCAGCGCAGUGCCACCGCGGUGGGGGAGGAGGAGAGGGCCACCUCCACCUUCGAAGAGGCCUUCCGGCGCAUCAAGGAGGCCACCGGGGUGACUGACACACAGGAGGUGGCAGAGCGGUUCGCCUCUCAAGGGGAAACACAGAAGCACCUGGAGGUGCUGAAACAGGAGAACGAGGCCACCCUGCUUCAGCUGAAGGUGGAGAGGGACCGUCUGCAGGAAUGCUUCCAGGACAUUAAGUACUCCGGGGAGGCCAAGCUCACCAGUGGUCAGCAGAUGCUGGAGGAGUGUCAGCGCCACCUGCAGGCUGAACUGGAGAGGCGCGACGCCGCCAAGGAGCGCCUGGACUGGUUGACCCGCACCCUGAACAUGGUCCGGGCCGGGCUGGAGCACUUAAACGAUAAACUGCAGCACAUCGGACUGGGCGAGGACGCUGUCCCCCAGCUACCCCCUGGCUCGGAGGAGUACGCCAUGGAGCUGCUGUCCCAGACGGAGAAGAAGCUCCUGCUGCUGCGUGAGGAGCUCCAGGGCAGGGACCUAGCCGCCAUUAUGAAGGAGAUUGAGGACGAGGAGUUCAUUGCCGGCAUCGAGGGGAAGCUGCCCCCUUACAACACCCGCAUCAAGCUCCCUGAAGCCCAGAGACAAGACCCAUACGAAGAUGAGGAGGAGAGCGGGGAUGAUGAGGCUGACGUUAUCACCAGGGCAACGCUGAAGCGUCAGUCUCAGCUCAUCAUCGACUCCAAGACCAAGAGGAAGACCAGGACCAAGAAGAAGAAAGGCAAGCUGUGAACCUGUUGGUUAGCCCGGCCGGAGGUGACGAGAGUCAUAGAAAUAGAAUUACUGGAAUGGGCCUGUCAGUCCUAUUCUUUUUCCAUGAUCGGAGAAGCUUUGAGAUUUGUCUGAAGUCGUAUUUAUGGAUUAGGUGUUUGGCCUUAGUUUGAAGUGAAAGGAACCUUCACAUCCUAUUGCUAAAGCAGUCAUAUAGCAGUCAUAUUCCUUUAUCUUUUAUCCUUUAUAUACUUUAUUCCAGGAAAUGCCUAUUGUACAUUAGGGAGUAUGAUUCUGUAGCUAGGGAAGGCUAGCCUAUAUAAGUACAACUAGCUAUCAGCACUGACAUGUUGGAGCUGCCACUUUAGAGUGUGUGUUUGCGUCACAAUACAUUGAUCACAAAAUAAUGGAUUUCUUUCAUUAACACCAAUGAUUUGUAGAUUUUGAAACUGUAAUCAAAGUUAG